CGGCAGUCGCUCUCUUUCGCCGCGCAGCAAACGCCAUUUUAGUCGCACAUAUUAUUGCUACCACCAAAAAAUAAAAUAAAUCUAAGGCCGACACAAGCACAUACCAAUACAUCACUCAAUAUAGACAGUGAAAAAAAUCUUCUUUCAUCUCUUGCAGCCCAGAAGUGGGCAAAGUUUUCUGCUUUUUAAAUUAUACGUUGCCGGGCAUAUUUCCAAUUAAUUUGCAUAUCAAAAUAAUCUAAAGCAAACUACGCAAACUGAACUAAAACGAAAACUAAAAUUACAAUCGCAUCAAAUAUAUGCAUACUCACACACACGUACCCACACGCAUGUAAAUCGUAAGAGCUGCGCUAUAAAGAAAUCAAAUCAAAUAAAAUAUUCACGCUGCAGUUUAACGGAACAACAAUUGAAAAUAGCUUGACAUAAAAAUUUACAGUUACGCUUGGAUUUACAACCCAGCUACGUUUCCAUUACUCAAAAGGGGAGGUUUACAAAGGCACGCAGACAACCCACAUACAUAUACACCCACACAACGUUGAGUAACUCUAGAGCACAGCAUGAAUCCUAUGAGUCCUUGAAGCGGCAAUAGGCGUGCAUCUCAGCUUACAAACAACCCCCAAGCAACGCACUCACACACACAAGGAAACGUCGUCAUCGCUGUUUGUGUGCGCCUAAAAAACGUCAACAAAAAAUAAACAAACACACACACGCACGCACACAGCUAUAGCGUUGCCAGACGUCGAGUCGUCGCGCAUAACGUAAGCACACACACUCGUGUACAACCAACUACACACAUAGAUAAACAGAUACGUAUACACUGUGGUAUGUGUGUUUGUAGCUGGCCUUUCAUCUCGUGUGCCGCACAAUAAAAACAGGCGUAAAGGAUAUUAUGAGGCAACAGACAUUUGCGAAUAAGUCGGCUUUUGUGCUGUCAUAAAUGGAUUUUCUUAUCAACGCAAAGUGGCCCCAGGAGUCAGUUUUGAAGCCAACCCACGAGCCCAAUGCAAACUGUCAGCCAUUGUCCCAGACAUAUUAUGGAAUUGCAUUUUGGAGCUGAGCAAAUACUUUAAUGGCAUCCUUUUCUCUUCCUAUGUCCCAACAGCAGCAACAACAAUCCGUCCAUUUAGACUAACAUUUGAUAAAGAGAGACAGAGAGGGAGGGAGAGAGACAGAAAGGCAGUAACGAUGUUCGGUUCCAAGCUGCGUUCCUGGAUGGAAACGCACAUUGUGCGUCCACGCAAGAAGAACAAUAAGAACAAGCAGCAGGCAGAUGGAGGAGGAGGAGGAGGAGGAGGAGGAGGUGGUGGGAGCAGCGGAAGUCAUGCCAAGAAGGCGGGCACGCUGCCACAGAGCAGCAAUCUGAAGUCCACGACGAGUCCAGUGCUGACCAGCAGUGGCAGCCACAGCAUUGCCAGCCCGGUGCGUCGGCGCGAGGUGUCGCCCAUACAAUGUCAUACGCCCAGUCGCUAUGGCUGGCAAUCGCCGGAUCAGGAUACACACACCUCCAUCACAUCGCCCAAGUCGGAUAAUCUGCUCUAUGCACCGCAUCGCUAUCCACGUCAUCAGACGCUGUCGCCAUUGCAGCCCCAGCAGCUGAGCGUGCCUGGCAAGGAUAGCUGCAGCUCGACAAGCGCUGACAAGUCGCCCAUGCGCGUCAAUUGCUCCUCUUCAUCCAUUUCAUCGCUGUCCUGGUCCACUGGCUCCAAGGAGCCCUCCAUGCAGUCCAGCCAGGCCAAGCUAAUCAGCCAGAAAGUGGAGCACAUUGAAAUCAGCAGCGACUAUCAGGCGCCCAUCGAGGAUGAAGUGGACUAUGAGGAGGUGGGUGCACUGCUGUUGCGCCCACAGCCGCCACUGCUAGACUAUCAGCGUCCACAGUCCGAGAAUCUGAUUAGUCUGCAGCUGGUCUACGAGGAGGAGCAGCAGCAGCAACAGUCCAAGAAUCAUGUGCACUAUGGGCGUCUGCUGCCCUCCAAGCUGGAGGCACCACCACCGCCGCCACCACCCGCUGUGAGCCAACAGCUGGGCCGCAUGCGUGCACCACGCGGCUUGCCGCGUAGCAAUUUCUUGCCCGGUCCGCGACCGCACAGCCUGUCCUCGCCGGAGAGCGCCUACUCCACGGGCUACUCCACCGACGGCAAUUCACCCUGCGCGGCCAGCAGCGUCAAUCCGCCAGCGCCCGAGUACUACAUCAACAUGCGCAGUGGCACCCACUACUUUCCCAGUCGCUCUGCCAACACGCUGGCCACCAAGUUCGGACUCAAUCGCAUCGAGGAGAUGUCCCCAAUGGAUCCGCUGCCCAAAAGCAACUUUGGCAACACGCUGGAGCCGCAGCCCAGUCCCUUGACGCUGCAGCGCAGUUGCCAGCUCUUUGAGUCUCCCUCGCCCAGGCAACGCUCGCGCAUACGCACGAAUCCCUGGUAUAAUACCACAGAGCAUAUGCAGCUGAUGACGGGCAGUCGACUGGAUGUGGAUGCCACCAGCACCACCUCCACCACAUCGUCGGGCAUUAAGUCAAGCACUGAGCUGGAAAUGCGCACAGCCAAAACAGCAGCAGCAACUGCUUUGCCACCAGCAGCAGCAGCAGGUGGACUAGCUGCAGCAGGUGUGGCAGCAACCCCCAAGCUGUUGGCUGUGGUUGGGGCUGACAGCCACUCGGAGGGUUCCUCGUCGUCCUCGACUGAAGUGGAAAAUAUGCAUGCACCGCACACCAUCAAACGGCGACAGCAGCAGCAGCAGCAGCAACAGCAGCUGGACUCCUUUCUGGUGAGCGACGAUGAGGCCACACUCAACGAGAUGAUUGGCAAGUUUGAUGAGAGCUACAUCUACGAGAAGGAGACGGACAUACUUAGCAGCGACUCAGAUCCCACCGACUGCGCCUCGGAGCUGGACACCGGUCAGGAUGCGGGCGAUGAAUGCGAUACGGACGAGCAGCUGGACAUUGACUUCAUAGACACCUCCUCCAUGCAGGAGAUUCAGCUCGAUCUGCAGCAGCGCAAUCUGGGCAGCUGCCAUUACUAUCCGAGUGCCGCGCAGCCCAGUCCGUUGAUACUGCGAAGAUCGUCGACGCGUUCACGUCGUCGCAGCGGCCAGGAGCCGCCGGAUGCCAGUCAGCAGCGUCGUCGCAAACGCUUCCUGAAGACGCGCAAAAAGAGCUGCGAGAACCGAGAGAAAGUCAACGUCUCGCCGCUGCGCGAACCACGCGGCUCACGCAGCGUGGGUGGCACGCCCGUUUGUCUGCGCCGCCAUCUGCUGGGACCCAAGGAGCGCAUCUACAAGACGUCUCCAUUGUCCAAUCGCUCGAAUUCGCUCAUCUUUGGCAGCGCCAACGAGCCGCAUUUCAUGACCAUAGCGGAGAGCGAGAAGGCGUUGCUCAAGGCCGAUCUAGAGGCGGACAUGAAGUACAAGCAGCUCAUCAUGGAGGCCGAGUCGCUGCUGGAGUCCAUGAAGAACAGCUUGCAGAGCAUACCAAGGGACACGCCUGUGGCCAGCCCGCGGCGUCUCAAUCCGCUGGCCAACAAGCGCGUGGAGAUGCUCAAGCACAGCGAGGUGGACUCGAAGAAGCAGGCACCACCUGCACCACCAGCACCACCGCUGGAGCACGAGCUGGCCGCUGCGAUCAACAAGCGAAUCGAAAUGCUCAAAUUUGAGACCGCAGCAGCGUCGCCUCCUAACAGCCCCAAGCCGGGCCGCUGCAGUCCGCGCAAGACGCAUCUCACCAACUUUAUGAAUCAGAAUGCACCGCCAGAGCUGCCGCCACGCAAGCUCAACAACGUCGCACCACUGUCGCCACAGCUGCAGCUGAACGGACGUCGCUUGGCUCAAGGCAGUCCGCGGAGCAGUCGACGCGCCAUGGCGCUGCACAGCUUUAAUGCCAGCGACUCGGAUCAAGAGUGCAUUGCCGUCGUGGAGGAUGUCACCAAUCACAACUACUUGCCACAGCAGCAGCAGCAGCAGCAGCAGCAGAUGUACAACAAUCUGGAUUACAAUAAUCGCAAUGUUUCCGAGGCUCCGAUGCAGGACAACUUUUACUGCCCACACAGCGAGCCGCUGAAGCGUAAAGUCUACAAGGGCAGCAGCUCCUUUGAGCGCAUUAAGAAGACAUUCGAUUUGGAGCUGGAUAUGAACGAGCGAACCAAAUCGCACACCAAACGUCAACAAUCGAAGCUGUCGUCUUCCGUUUCGGCCAAGAGCUCCAUGCAGGAUGUCACGGCAGAGGGCGCCGCCAAGCAGCAGCUGAUUGUUAGCACCAUUGUGGAUCUGAAACGGAAUCUGGAGCAUCAGAGCUAUGAGCUAAGUGGUUUAACUGAAGAAUAAUCUAAAGCAUAUGACGAUACGACAGUUGAGCGUUUUGAGGUUAAGGCUAACCAGGUUACAAAGCUAUCGAUAACAUUCUCGAUUAACCUAACUAAAGUAAUCUAGUAUAGAGAUACCAAUGAGCGCUCACUUUAGCUCACUUUACUAUUUAUCGAUAUGCCUUUCGAUAGUUUUGUAACUUGAACAACAAACGACCCCCUCCCGUAACCCCCUCACUCUCACUGACUUGAACGGAAAUUGAGUGCAAUAAGUAUUUAGAUCAGCAUAGAUAAGCGUUAACCCUAAGUUGUAAGCCAUGGAAAUGAUGGACUGGAUUAGCAGGUUAUACAUAGAUUUAAUGGGUAUACAUAACACUAAUAAUCACCUCCCUUAGACCGUAGUGAGUAAACUGUUUUGUUCGAUUGACCUCCGUUGAAAUGUAGUUAAACGUUUUGUGUUCUCAUCAGCUGAAAGUUAAUCUAGUUUUACCUACGAUCGCCGACAACAGUUUCUAAUCGAAAAAUAAACGUGUUGAAAACACAAUUGAAGUACUCAUAUAUUUAACUACGUAAACUAGCCCAAAUUUAACUCAGUUAUGUUUAAUCCUAAUCCUUAUUUACAUAUAUAUAUCUACAUAUAUGUGUGUGUGUUUAUUAUACUUAAAAACUGAAGCAUAUCUCACACGAAGGACACUUGAGCUGCAGCGCAGCUAACUUAAUGAGGCAAAGGUGUUGCCAGAUCGUUGAAACGUACUAAACACUUCAGCUCAUUCACUAGACUUGGUAGCAUCUCACAUAAACUAUGCAUAUUUAGACUUAUCUACAUCAAUUAUAUAACUCUAUACAAAACGUAGUUGCUUAAGUAAAUUCAAUUAUAAUAU